AUCCAUGGGAACACGCGCUUCCGCUUCUCUGCGCGCGCGUCGCCGGUGGGUGACGUCAAGAGCGGCGACGUGUCAGUCAUGGCUGCCGAUAUAACAUUAUUAUUCAAAGCGAGCGUGAAAACGGUGAAAACUCGUAAUAAAGCGCUCGGUCUGCUGGAUUGUUCGAACAGAGAGGAAGCCUGUGGAGUGAAGAGAGCGAGAAUCAGAGACAGUUUCAGCGGGAGAGCCAGAGAAGUGAUCUCGAACAUCUCGAAGCUGAAGGAGUUUCUGCUGCAGCACAGGAAGGACUAUGUGAACGCCGGCAGUGUGAUGUGUUCGGAUGUGUCUCGUAUGACGGACAGUGAGAGAGAUCAGAUCGACCAGGAUGCGCAGAUCUUCAUGAGGACCUGCGCAGACGCCAUCGGCCAGCUGCGAUCUGAGAUGGGCAAACAGGUGGUCUCUGCACAGGUGAAGGAUCAUCGUGCAGCAGUGCUGGAUCUGAUCGAGGUGUAUCUCAGAGGUGUAUGUAAGCUGUAUUCUGAACAGAGAGCUGUACGUGUGAAGAGAGUCGUGGACAAAAAGAGACUAUCCAGAUUAGAACCGGAGCAGAUCAGUCACAGCAAACAGCAGAGCGACGGAGAGGAGAACAGCGAUAAACCGGUCUCAGACAGUAAUUUGGAUCUGUGGGAGGACAACAGAGUUGAUGAUGAUCUUUCACCAGAGGAAAUACAGAUGUUCGAGCAGGAGAAUCAGAGGUUGGUUGGGGAGAUGAACAGUCUGCUGGAUGAAGUCAGGCAGAUCGAGGGGAAGGUUGUGGAAAUCUCUCGUCUGCAGGAGAUCUUCUCUGAGAAAGUCCUACAGCAGGAGACGGAGAUCGACAACAUUCAUCAGCUGGUUGUUGGUGCCACAGAAAAUGUGAAAGAAGGAAAUGAAGAUAUUAGAGAGGCGAUCAAGAACAACGCCGGGUUCCGCGUCUGGAUUCUGUUCUUCCUGGUCAUGUGCUCAUUCUCACUGCUGUUUCUGGACUGGUACGACGGCUGAACCACGGACCGGACCUGUGUGUGUGUGUGUGUGUGUGUGUGAGAGCGUGUGUGUGUGUGUGUGUGAGAGCGUGUGUGUGUGUGUGUGUGAGAGAGAGCGUGUGUCAAACAAUUAUCAUUCUAAGAAUCAUCUGAAUGUGGAACAUAUUAAAUAAUCUUGAAUAAAGCGUCUUCAGUUCAGUCUGUGGUGUUUGUGAUGAUGUCAUCAGCCGCUCGUUCUGAUUGGACGAUCUGCUCAUGGAGCAACUGUUAACAGUAUAUAGUUACUCAGGUGAGUUAUUCGCUGUCAAUAGAGUUCAUAACACUCAAAUGCAUUAAAGUUCAGUGUGUUUUA